AUGUCUCAAGACGCCUUUAGAUGUGCUUCACCUGAUCCGACUGCAUCCCAACUGCAGCAGAUUGCCAGAAUGGAGGAGGAGGCAUGGUUUAGUGAGUGUUUACCUGACCCAACAUCCUCCCAGCUGCAGACCAUCGCGGCAAUGGAGGAUGAUCUGAUGGCCGGUACAUCCGCUCAAGGUGGCGGUCAAAUGAAGGCUGAGAAAGAAGAGGAAGUUCCAAUGGACGGUGCCCCCAUCGCGCACACACCUCCGCUUCAGCCGCGGGCGGGGGUUUUCUGCGACCUGUGCAACAGGGAAUUCUCCAGAAAGGACAGCCUCAACAGGCACCGAUGGCGCAAACAUCUAAACGCCGGGACUGAGCUUCCUCGUUUGCACCUACCCUGCAGCCAAUGCGGCAAGAUAUUUGACAGAAGAGACACUUUAAGAAAGCACAGGAAAACCCACAGUGGUUCACAGCCGGUGCCUUCACCCCUUGGCCCGAUUCGUUCCCCUUUGGCAGCCGUGGCUGGGCCACCACAAAAAGGUCAAUCCCAGACCUUCAGCUGCGAACACUGCCACAAAAAAUACUCUCGGCGGGACAAUCUUCGGCGCCACAUAAAUUCAACACAUCGCCGGCGAAAUAACCUCCCACCGGCGGCUCCAUCGGCGGCUCCACCGGCGGCUCCACCAUCUCCCCUGCCUCUUCCCGUCCCGCCUCCUAUUUUAGCUACCGUCCAAGCAGGCCCGCUGGAGGAGGACCCAGACUAG